AUGGUGCCGUCCCGGAUCCGCUUCGCCCGCCAAAUCCCCCUCCCCUGCUGCUCUGACACCGAAGAGGAGGAGGAGGAGGAGGAGGAGGAGGAAGAGGAGGAGGAGGUGGGGGAGGAAGAGGUGCCGGUCGCGUCGCCGCUGAUACUGCCGGCGUCGAGGGGAGGGGUCUCCGUGGUGGAUAUGGUCGCGGCGGCGCUGCGGAGGUCGCUGCUGCUGUGCAGCAGCGUGCGCGCCGAGGAAGGCACCGGCACUGCGGCUGCGGGGAUGCAGAUAGGGCAGCCCACGGAGGUGCGCCACGUCUCGCACGUCACCUUCGACCGCUUCGUCGGCUUCCUCGGCCUCCCUGCCGACCUCGAGCCCGAGGUGCCGCGCCCCGCGCCCAGCGCCAGUGUAAGUGUAUUUGGAGUUUCACCAACGUCCAUGCAAUGCUCGUUUGAUAAAAGAGGAAACAGUGUACCAACAAUACUAUUGACCAUGCAAAGGAAGCUAUAUUUACUUGGGGGCCUUCAGGCUGAAGGGGUCUUCAGAAUAAAUGCUGACAAUAGACAGGAACAGCAUGUCAGGGAGCAACUAAACAGAGGUGUUGUUCCAGAUGGAGUUGACUUGCAUUAUCUUGCAGGCCUUAUAAAGGCAUGGUUCCGAGAACUUCCAAGUGGAGUAUUAGACUCAUUGACUCCAGAACAAGUGAUGCAUUGCAACACUGAAGAAGAGUGUUCUCGUAUUGCGAGUAUUGUACCUCCAGUGGAAGCAGCAUUACUGGAUUGGGCCAUUAAUCUGAUGGCAGAUGUUAUGGCCGAUCCCUUAACUGCUUUGAUACAUGCAGUUCAAGUGAUGAAUUUUUUGAAGACAUUGAUACUGAAGACUGUCAAAGAAAGGGAGGAGGCAGCUGCCGCAACAAGGGGAUUCACCUCCAGCUCUGGUUCCCCGAGUGACAAAGAUGCGCCUCAGGCAUUAAAUCUUUUGGACAACCCCUUAAAUUGCUCAAGUCGGGAAAAUGUCGAACGCCCCAUGAUUAGUGGGGCUACUCUCGACCACUUUCUCUUUAGCAUGGAACAAGCGCUUCACCAAGAUGCGCAAGCCAGUGUCGGAGAACCCAAGAAGUGUGACACCGGUACAGCACAUGACAAAUACAAUGACGAAUUUUCUCCUGUGGACAGUGAUUUUAGUAAUAGCCAAGAUGACAGCAGUUCUGGAAACAAAUUCAGUAACGACAGUGUGGAAGGUUUGUUUGACAGAUUCAAAUUUAGGAAAGGGGUAGGCAGAAUCUGCAGACACCCAGUGUUUCAGUUGAGUAGGUCCAUGAAGAAGUCUGAUGAAGCAGGACAGGCUUGUGCAUGA